UCCAUUGAACUUGAAUUGAAGUACUAAUAGAUUGUAACAUUUCUUUGACUCAAGUUAACAUUUUUCACAGCAACGAUAACUUUCCAAACACGGAAAGAGAAACAGUUGGCAACACAAAAACUGUGUUCUCUCUUUGUAAACAUUCUGCGGCGAAAGCGUUUCACUUUGACUAGAACAACCAUCGUUCACAGCAUCGCUGAUUAUCAAAAAUUGAAUCUAGAUGGCUGGGUCUGCGUGUGCAUCUUCUUGUUGUGGCUCUGCGCUCAUUCUCAUUCCUAAAUCAUCGCACAGCAAAACCUUCUUCAUAUCACCCACUCCAAUUGCAGUAAUCGUUGGUGGAAACAACAACAGAAUUUCUCGCUUACGCGUUAGGGGUUCUAUGGUUGAUUCAUCUUCCUCCGCUGAUUUUACUAAGCGCAUGGAGCAAACUUGGUUAAUUUCUCAGCAACCAAGGCCAGUUGUGUGUUCAUCUUGCAGCUCAAAAGGUCAUAUUGAAUGCAAAUGGUGCGGGGGUACUGGUUUUUUUGUUCUUGGCGACAACAUGCUUUGUGAAGUUCCAUCCAGAAACACUAGCUGUAUUAUUUGCUCUGGAAAGGGAUCAACAUGCUGCUCUAAUUGUCAAGGAACAGGCUUUCGUGCAAAGUGGUUGGAACAACCUCCUACAUCCUAGUUGAAAAAUACUACUGAAAUGGUGGACAUGUUUUUUUAGGUUGGGAGGAUUGAAGUUGUAUUAUACCUCAUGCUGCAUCUGUUGGACAGAUUCAAGAUGCAGCAGUCACUUUUGUUUUUUCAUAAUGUUGUAUUUUUCUCUUUGUAUAAUAUGUACAAGUGUAACUGUUUUACUAAAUGAAACAGGGUAUUCUUGAAACCACUGAUGUAGGUUUCAGUUUCAAAUAUAUAUAAUGUAAAUGUUAAGGUUCCCAUAAGAUAAGAACACAAUAUAUGAACGAUGUUUGGUUUUUGAA